GAUUAGGCCCCCCGCGAUUUCGAACAGGCGGGGUAUAGCUUCAGCCAUGGAUGUCUUCGCAGAGUAUUUAAUUAUGUUCCGGGCUGAAAUGGUGUAUCUGACUCUCAGAUGUUGCUUCGGCGUCGGUGCACUGGGCAGUGCUGCCUGCCUUUCAUAUGCCCGAUGCACGACCUGCCACCCCAUAGUGGUAUUUAAAACCGUUGUGUCGCUGUGGCGAUCCGUGAGUGAACGGAAAUGCUUGCAGUUCACGCCAUGUGUUCGCUGCAACUGCAAGAAUGUCAGCAAAUCUUUGAUGCAGAUCUCUGAGACUACAACGGUGCUGAGUGGCUUCAAGCAACAAGUGUCUCGCUUUCUAUUUGAACCAAGCGACAGCUUUUGGGAAAGACAGAUUCGGGCGCAUGGCAGGGACAAAGUUGAAGUGCAGACAAUCUCAGCAGAUGGAGCAUGCGAAAGCAAGAGCUGGUUACGCAGGGGCAAAGGCUUGUUCACUCCAGUUGGUGCUGCUGACCUGGACAGUGGUGUUACACCGCAAAGGCCGUACAGCUUUCGUCGGGAGGAUCAGAGAACCUCAGCGGUGGUGCGAAUGUGGCCAAAGACUGUGGAUGAUGAUUUUAACCGUCAGUUUAGAAAGGAACAAAUCACUCAGGAAGAUGAUUUGCGAGAAGCUGGCGAGAAACGCGCCUUCAUGGACUUCAAGCAGGCUUUGUCGAAUUUGCUGACCGCAGCAGAAGUGCAACAUGGACGCAUGUGGAAAUGCACAGAGGUGCAAGAGACGCUCAACACCCACCUCGCAGUGAUCGGAAAAGCGGAAGAGGUGAUCAAACUGUUGAACCGGCAACCGUGGGUUGCACGCCAUUAUUUCAGAUGCGUCGUGGUGAAACAAGGAACAGCAAUUCUCGCAAAUCUGGGCUUCAGCAAAGGCAACGUGCAGCGUAGGCUCGGAUCGCCAAAUGAUCAGAUUGUGCUCUACAUCCGACAAGUGGGGUCCAAACAACAUGCUAACACACAGAGCUUGCAAAACUUUUUGCUCGACAGCCGCACCUCAAAAGACAUGGCCAGUCGCCAAAUCAUUGCCAAUCGCUUUUGGCUACAUCGUGAGAUUGGCAGCGGCAGCGAAGGCACUGUUUAUGAGGUGACAGACCUACUGAGAAAAGGCAAGCUGGCGUUGAAGCUCGCCAAGAAGAGGAUCAACGAAAGAAGUCUCCAGCACGAGCUCAUCGCGAAGGAUUUGUGUCAUAGACUUUUUGUAAAAGUGUAUGAGUGCAGCGAUGUGUGGAUACAUGCAGAGGCGUGUCCUGGACUUACUUUUGAGAAGAAGUCCAUUUUGAUGGAGCUUUGCCAGGGGGGGUCCCUUGCUGAACUUACCCUCCAUCAAGCCAACUGGUCAGGCAAGGCCUUGGACAAGGAAUGGCUAGAGCGGUGCCGUACCUUCAUGGCUUCUAUGACCUUUGCGGUCAUCUACAUGCACCAAAUGGGUGUAGUUCAUCGCGAUUUGAAGCCGCAAAACGUUCUACUGAAAAAUAUAGACAAGCAUGGGACGGACAUCAAGCUGACAGAUUUUGGGUCUUCAGCAAGAUUGCAAAAAGGUCAUUACUUGGAGGGAGUGGCAGGCACACGCGGUUACAUGGCUCCACAAGUGAAAAAUGCGAAGCCCUACAGCAGUAAGUGUGAUGUGUUUUCUCUUGGAAUGACGUUUCAGGCUAUUCUCCAACGCCGCAAGGCAGAGGAGGACGGCAAGCUGACGCUUUGUCCAAAUAAAGAGAAGUUCGACUAUGAUCUCGUCGAGCUGAAUGGCCUUCUCCGGAAGAUGCUUCAGAAAGAAGAGAUCAACCGCUAUAGCACAAGUCCAACUUCUGAGGGCUUUGUCCGUGGCGAUCCUUUCUUCGGGACAUUCUCAUGGGGUCAGUCCUCAUGGGGUGAAUUCACUUUCAGCGAGGUUGAUUGGAAGCAAUAUGAAUAGAAUGGUGGAUGGGAGCGCGACUUCCGAAUUGGCCAUUCGUGGAUAUGGGCGACAGCAUGGUCUUG